AUGGUUGUGAUUCCCAUCCUUCUCGCCUUGUGGGCCUCAGGCCUAGGUGCUGCUCAAAACCCAUGUCCUGGAUAUACGGCUACCAAUGUGGAGCCGACUGAGCAUGGCUUAAUUGCCAAUCUCCACCUCGCUGGUCCUGCUUGUAACGUCUACGGCACAGAUUUGCCCAACUUGACUCUCUCAGUGGAAUAUCAGACCGCAUCGAGGCUCCAUGUCAUUAUUCAAGAUCAAAACAGGACCGUCUAUCAAGUCCCCGAAUCCGUCCUGCCUCGCCCUAAUACUACUAAUGCGGUCUCGGCAUCGGACUCUCAGCUGCAGUUUACCUACACCGAGGAUCCAUUCAGUUUCGCCGUGUCUCGUCCGGGCGGAGAGGUCCUCUUCAAUACAUCCGGCUCACCCAUCAUUUUCGAGUCGCAAUACCUCAGGCUCAGAACCGCGUUGCCCAAUGACCCCAACUUGUACGGCCUCGGGGAGCAUUCUGAUCAUUUCAGACUCAACACCUCCAACUACACCAGAACUCUCUGGUCGCGAGACUCGUAUGCGAUACCUGAAGGAACGAAUCUGUAUGGAAACCACCCCGUAUACAUUGAUCACCGAGGUGAGAAUGGCACUCAUGGUGUGCUGCUUUUGAAUUCGAAUGGCAUGGAUAUCAAGAUCAACGACACCGAUGGUCAAUACCUUGAGUACAACACGUUGGGAGGCGUCCUCGAUUUCUAUUUUGUGGCAGGACCUUCCCCCAUUGAAGUCUCUCAGCAAGUGUCGGAAGUGGUCGGCAAGCCAGCCAUGAUGGCGUAUUGGACUUUUGGUUUCCAUCAAUGCCGAUAUGGGUAUCGAGAUGUGUAUCAGGUGGCGGAAGUGGUCUACAAUUACAGCCAAGCCAAUAUUCCCCUGGAGACCAUGUGGACCGAUAUCGACUACAUGGAUGCCCGAAAAGUCUUCACGUUGGAUCCGGACAGAUUCCCCCUCCCGAAGAUGCGGGAGCUCGUGGCAUACCUCCAUGCCCACCAACAGCAUUACAUCAUGAUGGUGGAUCCCGCAGUCGCGUAUCAAAACUAUUCGGCCUUCAACCAUGGCCGAGAGCAGGACAUCUUCAUGAAAAAUGCCGACGGAUCGAUUUUCGAAGGCGUGGUCUGGCCUGGAGUUACCGCUUUCCCGGAUUGGUUUCAUCCGGGAACUCAAGACUAUUGGAACAGCGAAUUCGACACGUUCUUCAGCCCUGAGACCGGCGUGGACAUCUCGGCCCUUUGGAUUGAUAUGAACGAAGCUGCCAAUUUCUGCAAUUACCCGUGUUCAAACGCCAGCGGGUAUGCCGAAGAGAAUGGAUUUCCCCCCGAGCCACCACCGGUGAGAGAGGGCCCUGCCAUUGUUCUCGAGGGCUUCCCACCCGACUUUCAGCCACCAACAAACGCCAAAAGACAAGACACGACCACCGGCACCAUGCUAGGCCUUUCGGGUCGGAAGCUCAUUAACCCUCCAUACACCAUUCGUAAUGCUGCCGGCAGCCUGUCCAACAAGACAUUGGAUACAAACCUUGUUCACCACAACGGGCUUGUCGAAUAUGACACCCACAAUUUGUACGGCACGAUGAUGUCGUCAGUUUCCCGCGCAGCACUUCUCCAUCGACGACCAGGAGAACGACCGUUGGUCAUCACGCGAAGCACAUUCCUGGGUGCAGGCGCCCACGUGGGCCAUUGGACCGGUGACAAUGUAGCGAACUGGGCCCAAUACGAAAUUAGCAUUUCAGACAUGUUGAAUUUCGCAUCCAUCUUUCAGGUACCCAUGGUUGGCUCUGACGUAUGCGGAUUUUCGGGCAACACGACUGAAACCCUCUGUGCGAGAUGGAUGAUGCUGGGGGCUUUCCAGAGCUUCUACCGGAACCACAAUGAGCUCGGUAGUAUUGGACAGGAGGCAUAUCGCUGGCCUACCGCGGCUGAAGCCUCGCGUUACGCCAUCGACAUCAGAUAUCGUACCUUAGACUAUCUUUACACGGCCUUUUACACCCAGACGCAGACGGGAAAACCUCUUUUGAACCCCAUCUUCUACCUCUACCCAGAGGAUGCCAAGACGUUUGGUAUUGAUGCGCAAUUUUUCUACGGGGAUUCCAUCCUCGUGUCCCCGGUCACAAAGGAGAACACCACGACGGUAGAUAUUUAUUUGCCUGAUGAUAUCUUCUACGACUGGAACCACGGUUGGUCUCCCGUCCGGGGAAAUGCCUCUGCGGUGACUCUCUCGGACGUCAACUUCACGACAAUUCCUCUGCAUGUUCGGGGAGGCAGCAUUCUUCCCCUGCGAGUACAAAGCGCUAACACGACGACGGAACUGCGCAAGAAAGGCUUCCAUCUGGUGAUUGCCCCCGGAAUUGAUGGCACGGCCCAUGGGUCCCUCUAUCUUGACGAUGGAUUGAUGAUUGAACAACCCAGCACGACGUUCAUCAAUUUCACAUACAACAAUGGGUCUUUCUCGAUGUCCGGCGACUACAGUUAUGCGGUGAACGUCAGCAUUGAGAGAAUGAGCAUUUGCAGCGUUGCUUCAGCGCCUCCAUCAGUGGACAUCACCGGCCAUGAGUCGACUUUCACCUUCGACAAUACCACUCAGGUGGUCACGAUCGACACCAGCAUCCCCCUAUCUCAGGACGUCAGUUUCCAGCUCCCGUCCUCACAAGCUAGCUCUAUCACACCGGGAACGGGCAUAGAACAAUCGAGCGGGAAUGGCACCCAAGGAGAGGGAGGGUCCAGAAGUGAAGGAGGAGAGUCGGCGGCUUCUCCGUAUCUCGGAUCUGACGUAGGGUUCAAAGUGUUAGCGGCUCUGCUAGCUGUAUCAGUCAUUCAGAUGGCAUUCUAA